AUGCACAUGUUUCUGAUGAAUGUGAAGACAGAUUUGGGAGCCCAGGUGGACCUGUAUUUGCCAGCAAAUUUCACCAGACACAAUAUUCACCACUUCCUGCCUGAUUGUCUCUCCACAGAGCUAUCCUGCUGUACCAUGACUCUUAUCCACAAUGGGGCCGUGGAGGCAGUUGUUCAGCACUGGAGUAAAAAGCCUGUUUCUCAGGAUAAUCAGCAUACAAUAACUGAUACUCCCUAAUCCUGUGACAUAUGUGAUUCUGAGUCAUUGGUGCAGGCUAAGACUGUGACAUGUGUUCCCUCUGUCAGUGAACAUAUCACAGAGGAAACCAAAUCUGAGUUAUUGGAACCAAAGGAUGCUCUUACAGCAGCAUCUCAACCCAGGACCAGUAUUUCAGAAUGGAAAGUAGAAGAAAAUUGUUUGUCUGUUGCAUCUGUGGAGAAUAAUGUGCCUUGUGACACACCCAUAUGUGGCACAGAGACUUCCUUCUCAGCACCUGUGGAAAUGGAACCAUCAGAAUCUUCGUUGUCUUCAUCCACAGAAAUGGAACAGACUGUUAAUGGUGCCAGAGCAGCAGUUCCUGUGAAAAUAGACACAGCACAGACAAAUGUUUCUCAGAACAUUGGCUUGGAAUUGGAUAGCAAAAGAAACAAUGACUUAAAUUCUUGUAGUAUUUCUGAAGAGACAGAAAUGAAGGAGGCUUUUUCAACAAAUGUGACCAAACCCAGUGAAAGCAUUUUGCAGCCUUCAGUUGAAGAAACUGGCAUUCUGCCAACCAUCCUUUCAGAAGGUGGUACACCAAAUCUUGAGCCUUGUCUUGUAGACCCACCACUAGCUGAGAAUAAGUCUUGUCGUUUGGAUCCUUGCUUACCUAAAGAGACUCCAGAAUCUUCACUUCAGCAGACUGAGUUAAUGGAUGACACAAUGGAAGUUGGUGAAACAAACUCAGUAUAUCAUGAUGAUGAGAACUCAGUUCUGAGCAUUGACUUUAAUCAGCUGAGACCUAUUCUGGAAGCCAUCAGUCCUCUGAAUAGUCCAGUGAGACCUGUAGCAAAAGUUCUUAGACUAGAAAGUGCAUCUCAAGUUCCAUUAUAUAAUAAUAGUCAUAAAGAUGUGUUUCUACCAAAUUCAGCUCAUUCUACCUCCACGAGUCAGUCUGAUCUCAACAAGGAAAAUCAAAAGCCAGUAUGUAAAUCUGACAAAUUUGCAGAAGCAGACUCCCACAAGUCAUCUUUAGAUGAAUUAGAAGAAGGAGAAAUUAUAAGUGACAAUGAAAAACCUGAACCACAAAGAAGUUUUGACAACAGUGCCAAACCAAGAGCUUCUACAGAAGUGCAGAACACAAAAACUAGCCCAGAAAGUAGGAAAAGCUCUGUGUGUUUGGAUAAAGACAAUAGGAAGAUAUCCUCUAUGAAAAUGCAUCAGACCAAAAGCAGAUGGAACAGAAGACGAAGUGAGUCUAGCAGAUCUUCCAAAACAGAGAAGAAAGAGAGGUCAAUGAGUACUUCCAGCCUGGAAAAAAUAGUUCCAGUCAUAGUCACACCCUCUUCUGUCCGAGAGAUUAUGCAUAUGUUAUGAAUGAUAAGAAAACAUGUAAGGAAAAAUCAUAUGAAAUUCAAGGUAAAAUUUUCAUUAAUACAAUUUCAUAGAAUUAUUGAGUCAGCAAUUUUGAGUUUUACAUCACUAUUUAAAUACCUGGACUUGUCCAAAAUAUCUAAGUCAGUGACUACUUCACAGAAGAACCUCUGUGAUGUUAUAGAAUCCAAACUCAAGCAAGUUAAAAAGAAUGGCAUCGUGGAUCGUUUAUUUGAACAGCAGCUGCCAGAUAUGAAAAAAAAACUGUGGAAAUUUGUAGAUGAACAGCUUGAUUAUUUGUUUGCAAAACUUAAGAAAAUCUUUGUAAAGUUAUGUGACUCCAUAAAUGUUGGCAGUGAUAGUGACAAAGGAAAGCUUGAAAAGAAAAGUAAAGAGAAGGCACGAUCUUCACACUGUCAGAAGGGGAAUAUAAACAACUUGGGCAAAGAAAUGUUGAAAGAGAAAUCCCCCAAAUCAGAAGAUUAUGGUUCUUCUAAGUCUUCAGUAGGUUGUAAAAAAUCUGAGGAAAAACAUCAAGAGCAAAAGAAUUCCAAUAUUAACACAGUAAAGCAUGACAUUAAAAAGACUGCUAACACUUGCUUUGAUAAUAUGAAGAAUCCUUAAUCUGAAGAGCAUUCCUUGUAACCAAACUGCUUGAGCACCCCAAAGCUAGGAAAAAUUGAAGGUAGCACCACAGAGGAUGCCCAGACAUCCCAGCUUGCUCCUUUGAAGCCAGAACGCAGUUUCGAGAUUCUUACUGAACAGCAGGCGUCUAGCCUUACAUUUAAUUUAGUGAGUGAUGCACAGAUGGGAGAAAUAUUUAAAAGUUUGUUGCAAGGUUCUGAUCUUCUGGACAACAAUGUUAACUGUAAUGAAAAAAGUGAGUGGGAGUUAAAGACACCAGAGAAACAGCUGCUAGAGAGUCUCAAAUGUGAAUCUAUACCAGCUUGAACAACUGAAGAGCUCGUUUCAGCGGUGAUUUCUCCCUGCCCUAAGAUAAUUAGUGAUGGCAACUGGUCCUUACUGUCAUCUGAGAAAGGUCCAUGUCUGUCUUCAGGGCUUUCAUUGCCAGUUCAUCCGGAUGUGUUGGAUGAAAAUUGUAUGUUUGAAGUGUCCACUAACAUAGCUUUAAGUAAAGAUAAUGUAUGUGGUUCAGAAAAGAGCAAGCCCUGCAUUUCUUCCAUACUUCUUGAAGAUCUAGCCGUCUCUUUAACAGUACCAUCGCCUCUGAAGUCAGAUGGCCAUCUCAGUUUUUUAAAGCCAGAAGCUUUGUCUAAUUCAACACCUGAAGAAGUUAUUAGUGCCCAUUUUAGUGAGGAUGCCUUACUGGAGGAAGAGGACGCAUCUGAACAGGAUAUUCAUUUAGCCCUGGAGUCUGAUAAUUCAAGCAGUAAAUCAAGUUGUUCUUCAUCAUGGACAAGCCGGCCUGUUGCUCCAGGCUUUCAGUACCACCCUAACCUCCCCAUGCACGCUGUCAUAAUGGAAAAGUCCAAUGAUCACUUCAUUGUGAAAAUUUGGUGCGCAGCACCAUCUACCUCCCCUACUCUUGUACAGAAUACAGUGGCUGAUGAAUAUCUGCUGAGAGUGGAAAAGGAAUCUGAUGAAGCAGUGGAGGAAGAAUAUGUUUCAUGUCAGAACAGAGUUUUUAAAUCUGUGGAGGAACUGAAAAAUUCCAGUAAGAAUGUUGAUGGUAGAUUAGUUCAUGAGGAACAAGACUGUGUGAUACAAACAGAAGUUCCUGACAUAUAUGAAUUUCUUAAAGAUGCUUCAGGUAAAGUGAGUCAAAGUACUGAAGAGGCUGAAGAAUGUUUCAAGUUGCAUCAAGUAUGGGAACCAAAAGUGCCUGAAGGCAUUGAAGAAUUGCCUCCAGUGGAAGAAAUACCACAUUCUGUUGAGGAUCAUCUUCCAAGCACAUGUAUAGACCUCACAAAAGACCCAGUCACCGAGACCAAAAAUUUGGGGGAAUUUGUAGAAGUAACAGUUUUAAAUAUUGAUCAGUUGGGAUGUUCUGGAAGUAGUAUGGAUCAAAAUGCUCCAGUAUUAGACAAUAUGCAGCCUGAAACUGUUGAUACUUUUAUCGAUUUGACACAAGAUGUUUCAAGUGACAGUAAAAAUGAAGGUAACCAUCCUGCUGGAGUCGUUGAAGACUUGGGGUGUCCAGUGAUAUGUGUCGAUGAAGAUAACUUGAAGGAAGAAAAUGUGCAGGUGGUGAACAGGCCUUUGGAACGAGUCAUUGAGGAGGCCUAUAUCGAUCUAACCUCGGAAGCUUCCGGUUUGGGUGAAGUGAAAAAGGAUGAUUUAAACUCAGAGUCAGCAUUAAAUUCCAACAGUUCAGAGUUGCCUGGGAUGUUGGAUAACCCUCACAAAAAGAGAAGAAAUCUCUCUGAUCUAAAUCCUUCUUCUCAGAAAAAACAGAGAAAGGAAACAGACUUAACCACUAGGGAAAAGACCAAAAAAAUUACCCAAGACUCUUGUGAGAAUGUUAAUGCUCAUCAAAGGAAAGCCAGUAAGAAAAAGGCCCCUUCAGUGACUAAAGACCCCUCAUCAUUAAAGGAAAGCCCAGGGACUAAGGAUACAUCAGCAGCGUCUGCCACUUCUUUUAUAAGCCUUUCUGCAAAGAACGUUAUUAAAAAGAAGGGAGAAACUAUAGUUUCGUGGACAAGAAAUGAUGACCGGGAAAUUUUAUUGGAAUGUCAGAAAAAAGGGCCAUCAUUGAAAACAUUUACUCUUUUAGCUGCUAAGUUGAAUAAAAAUCCAUAUCAGGUCUCAGAAAGAUUCCAGCAGCUAGUGAAGCCCUUUGAAAAGUCCAAAUGCAGGUAG